UAGAGAAAUAAUUAAACACGCUUUAGAAUCGAAUCGAAAAUUUUUAGUUUCCUUUUUCAAUUUGUUUUGUAAAUUUCUUAGCCCUGCACUAGUAGCUGGUGGAAAUGUGGACAUGGACAUGCCCUUAAGUGGUAAACUGGCUAUUGUUGCUGCCACAGCCGGUACAUUCUUUGCCUUGGGCGCCUACUAUCAGCACCAGAAUGUGAUCCGUAAUAUUAAGAGAUUGGAACAGCACAAUCCGCAUGCCUAUUUUAUACGGCGCAAACUUUAUGGCCUGCUAGAUAUCUUUGAUGUGAAGGCGUUCAACGAAUAUUGCGAUGUUAUUGCCGAUAGUGAAUCGCACCAGAUGGGCUCCAUUAUGAAGUAUGGAUUCCCCAGCAUGAACGAGAUCAGUCUAAAUGAGACGUUCAAUUUUGUCACCUCGUUCGAUCGUCGUAACUCAGCUAUUCAAUGGAUGUGCGAACGUGUGGAUGUCUCUAGUUAUACAAAUGCUAUUGGCCGGGACUUUCGGGAUCUUGCGGUGCGGCAUCGCUCACGUUCAGUCCCGUCGUCUGGCAUCUUGUAUCAGCAAUCGGAGGCGGCGCGGGUCUUCUUCAUGUCGAACAUCAAACCGUUUCUGAGCCGCGGCUUCAAUGCGACCAUCUGGGAGCGACUGCUGCACUAUGUACACAGCAUGACCGAAAAGUACGGCAUUGUUUUUGUAUAUACCGGAUCCAUCUACCUGCCACGGGAAAUGAACAACAAUUGGUACUUGGAAUUUCAGCCAGAAGACAAUACCAUUGUCGCAAUACCCACGCACUUCUUCAAAAUCAUCAUCAUCGAUCCAAAGGAAGUCAAUAGUACACCGUAUGCGGAGGCCUAUGUGAUGCCCAAUACAACGCUCAAUGAUGACACCGACCUGCAUACGCUGCUCUGCGAUGUGCGAGACAUUGAGAAUGCGACGGGUUUGAAAUUCUUUGAGGGUCUCGAUCGCAACUUUGUCAAUACCCAAGUAGAUGCGCCAAUCGCACGGGACAACUCAUUAAGUCAAUUAAGUGAUACGCCGUUAUGAUUGUUAGUUAUUGGCAGAGGGCGCGGGUCCUAAGUAAUUUGCGGAAACUAUCCAAAUUUAUCAAGUGUUUUCCAUUUUUUCCUCAAUU